ACAACUCAAUGUCAAAUUGCGUAUUGUCAUAUUUAUAAUGGCAGUUGUAUGUUGCCUAAAAAUAAACAGAAAUAGCAACUCACGCCCCGUAUCUUCAAGGGGAGUGACAUCUCCGCGUCCAUGCGUUGAAUAGUUUGCAAGAAGUAAAACGGUUGACGGCGCGAGACGUGGAUGGAAAUAUCUGUGGAAACCUGUUGAUAACCGCGUUAUGACAAUGGAGAAAUGUGUUUCCGGACGUUGAGAAGUGACACUCGUUAUUACCAAAAAAAGCUCUUGCCGACGGCGAAGAUGGUAUAGCAAGUCUACUGCAUUCCCAUGGCAUUCAAACGUGCAUGAUACUGGUAACAAACGUGCUAAACUUUUUAUUUAAGAAAGUUUCCACAGCCUUUGAAUUCGCAUGGUUGUCUGUAAAUAUGUAAACAUAUAUUUUUUUAUUGCAGUGACCUAGUAUUUAACAAAGCAAAGAAGUUCGUUUUCAUUCAUGCAAACGUUCGUUUUCAUUCAUGUACUAGCCUGUACAGAAUGAGAGGACAAGACAGGUGUUGUCAAGAUUUGUCACGCGCAGAUUUUUCUUAGCAGCGUACAUAAACAACGGUAAAACGUGGAAUUAACCUGCUAACAAUCCACCAAGGAAAAGCCUAUGAGAUGGUCUCCACUUACUUUACUGACUGGGAAGAGAUAACUUGAGGACAAUCCAAAGGCUAAGUUCACAAUGAAACUGCUGAGCUUACUUUGCGUUGUUGUCGGAUUGAGGACAUGCCUGAUGAACAGAAACUGCCCGGACCUCUUCAUUGACAGCUGUCAUUGCUCUUCUGAGAGGUCCAAGGAGUUGAGCAGACAGAAGAUUCGGGUGAAAGUGGUGUGUGAUGAUGUGGAAUUACAGGACACUCUACAACCCAGUUUUUUACCCAACAAAACAGUAUCCCUGAUCCUCAGCAACAACAAGAUUUCCCUGCUGAGAAAUGCCUCCUUCUUUGGCCUGAACGUCCUGGAGAAACUGGACUUGAGUAAUAAUUUGAUUAGCACGGUGGAGCACGGAGCCUUCUGCGGACUGACGGCUCUAAGGAGACUGGAUCUGUCCAACAAUCGGAUUGGCUGCCUCUCUCCUGAAAUGUUUUUAGACCUUGGCAAUCUCUCUAAAUUAAAUCUAUCUGGAAACAUAUUCUCUUCAUUGCCCUUGGGACUGUUCGCACACCUCGUGUCUCUCAAAGUCCUGCACUUCUCCACAGAGUCUCUGUUCUGUGACUGCCAGCUGCGGUGGCUGCUGCACUGGGCCAGUGCCAACGGCGCACGCCUGGGCAACGACACCGUGUGUGUUUACCCCACACACCUCCGCGGCCUCCAGGUCCGUAACCUGAGGGAGAACCAGCUCCAAUGCGAUGGCCCUCUGGAGCUGCCCCUGUUCCAGCUGAUCCCGUCCCUGAGACAGGCGGUGUUCCACGGGGACCGGCUUCCCCUGCAGUGCACCGCCUCCUACCUGGAGCCCACCUUCUCCCUGCACUGGCGCCACAAUGGCCACGCCGUCCGCAGCAACGAGGAGAGGGGUGUCUACGUGGAGGACACCCUAGUGCACGACUGCUGUCUGCUCACCAGUGAAGUCAUCCUCUUCAACAUCGACCUCAGCCUUGCUGGCAGCUGGGAGUGCCAGGUGACCAGUUCCCGUGGCAACAGGUCCAAACAGAUGGAGAUUGUUGUGUUGGAGACGUCAGCGCCCUACUGCUCAGCAGACCGGGUCAGCAUCAACAAGGGAGAUUUCAGGUGGCCUAAGACCAUGGCAGGGAUUCUGGCAUUCCUGCCCUGCGCUCCAUCCACAUUUGGUUCUUCCCCCCACCCUUCUGGCACCAUCUUCCACCACCCCAAUCAAAGGGAGAAGAAAGCCUGGCGGCGCUGUGACCGGGAAGGCCAGUGGGCAGAGGAGGACUAUACUCAAUGCCCUUAUGCCAGUGAGGUAACCCGGGUACUGCAUGAGCUCACUCAGGUGACCAUCAAUACCAGUAAUGCCCAGGCAUUAGCGCAGCAGCUGGUUGCCUUCACCGGCAGGGCGGGAGACUUCAGCGAUGUGAUGGAUGUCAUCUUUGUCACACACCUGGUUGAGAGGUUGACUCGCUUGGUUGACCAACGCAGAGAUCUAGGGGACUACAUCUCUGACAUAGCCAGUAACAUGAUGCUGGUGGAGGAACAUGUCUUGUGGAUGGCUCAGAACGAGGCCAGGGCGUGUACACGCAUUGUCCAGUGUGUGGAGCGAAUUGCCGACCUGGCUCUCACUAGAGACAUGCAGACAGUCUCAAAGGUGUCUCCAAAUAUAGCACUGGAAGCCUUCCUGAUCAGGCCAGCUAACUUCCAGGGUCUUUCUUGUACAGCGGUUCAGCGAGCCCCACUGCCGCCCCUCUCCAGUCAGAAUCCUGACGGGGACCGGGAUGCCAUCUGGGAUACGUUGCUCAACUUUAAAUGUCACACAGUCAAUGGCAGCGGCUCCCCGGCAAGCCAACUCAGCAAGAACUCCGUGGCAGUCGCCUCAAUCCAUUUGCUGCUGGCUGGUACGCCUAACCCUUCUGCGUUGCAAUCUGUUGAUAACUCGACUUGCAAGCUGCAGUUUAUUGUCUUUCGAAAUGGGAAACUCUUUCCUUGCACAGGGAAUUCGUCAAAUCUUGCAGAUGAUGGAAAACGUAGGAGCGUUUCGACACCAGUUGCUUUCACCAAAUUAGAUGGGUGCAGCUUCGGGAGCGCGGUACACUCGGUAACCAUCGCUCUCAGGCACUUUGCGCUGGGUGUAGACCCCACCGCAGCCUAUUGGGAUUUUGACCUGCUAGAUGGGCACGGUGGCUGGCGGGCAGAGGGGUGCCACAUAACAGGCUCCGCGGGCAACACGACCACCAUUCAUUGCACUCAUCACAAUAACUUUGCGGUGCUGAUGGAUCUGAAGAAGGUGCUGUCUUUCCCCCCAUACCCUGGGGAGUUUCUGCACCCGGUCGUGUAUGCCUGCACGGCCGUCAUGUUGCUCUGCCUCUUCGCCUCGAUCAUCACCUACAUCGUGCACCACAGCACUAUCCGCAUCAGUCGGAAAGGAUGGCACAUGCUCCUCAACUUCUGUUUCCACACGGCUCUGACCUUCACUGUGUUCGCUGGGGGCAUCAAUCGAAUCAAAUACCCCAUCAUCUGUCAAGCAGUCGGCCUGGUGCUGCACUACUCAUCUCUGUCCACCAUGCUGUGGUUAGGGGUGACGGCCCGGAACAUUUACAAGCAGGUGACCAAGAAGCCUCCGCAGCCACAGACCGGAGACCCGCCAGCUCACCCCAAACAACCCAUGCUGAGCGUACAGCCCAAGCCGACACACAGGGAGAAGCACAUCCUCAGGUUUUAUUUAGUCAGUGGCGGAGUUCCCUUUAUCAUCUGUGGAAUCACAGCAGCUGUCAAUAUUGACAACUACGGCAGCGGGGAGGCCACACCCUACUGCUGGAUGGCAUGGGAGCCCAGCUUGGGAGCCUUCUAUGGCCCUGUGGCGUUCAUCGUCCUGGUGACCUGCGUCUACUUCCUGUGCACCUUCAUCCAGCUGAGGCGCCACCCUGAGAAGAAGUACGAGCUGAAGGCCCUGACCGACGAGCAGCAGAGGCUGGCAUCGGGUGGCGAUCCGGCCGGGCACCGCCACCAGGGAGGGGAACCCGGAGCCCUGCCAUCGGCGCCCAACGGGGGCCACUGCCAUGCGGGCUGCCACCUGUCCACCGCCGCCCCCGUCGACCCCUCGCUGCUCGCCAACGAGCAUUCAUUCAAGGCCCAGCUGAGAACGGCGGCCUUCACCCUCUUCCUGUUCGUGGCCACGUGGGCCUUCGGCGCACUGGCCGUGUCCCAGGGUCACUUCCUGGACAUGAUCUUCAGCUGCCUGUACGGCGCCUUCUCGGUGACGCUCGGUCUGUUUGUGCUGAUCCACCACUGCGCCAAGAGGGACGACGUGUGGCACUGCUGGUGCUCCUGCUGCCCCGGGCGACGUGCCGACCAGGGCUGCCGUGGCCACGCUCACGGCCCCUCGCGUCCGAAGGUGAAUGUCAAUGGGGACACACUGGGACACUGCCACCUGGACUCGCCAUGCCCGGCUAAGGCCCUGCUGGGACACGCCCACGGGGGCGCUGUGGCCCACUGUAAGCAGAACCAUGUGGCGUGCCUCGCCCCUGCGCCCUGCUGUGCCGCCCUGCACAGCCAGCAGGUGGCAGAGGAGGACCUGCUGCUCCACGGCAACCCAGAGGGCUGCCGGCCCGGUGUCCACCUGCACCGCUGCCUGAAGGGAGGCUCCAGGACUAAGCCCCGCCCCUUUGGCCGGCACAGGCAGGGAGGCGGCGGGGGGGCGGCAGAGAGGGAAUACGCCUACCACAUCCCGUCCAGCGUGGACGGGGGCUCGAUCCACAGCUCGCGCACGGACAGCCCCCACAGCACGCACGAGCGCCACGGGCACAUCUGUCACCUGGCUGCCGCCCCUCACGAGGCGGGUCACCUCGCGUGCCAGGCGGCCCACGAGGUGUCGCUGGCGUGCCAUGCUCCGUGCCACCGGCACGUGCCUUGCUGCGCCAAGGCGGACCUGUUCCCCACCCUGUGCCAGGCGGAGGCGGGCGACGCGGGCACCUUCCUGUGUGGCUGUGGCAAAAUAGCCAACGAGGAGGAUCUGAUUGCGCCCCAUCACCACCUGGAGAUGCACCCGCGCAGACAAUCCUACCCUCAGAACCAGCCGUCCAAUCAGAAUGGGAUCCUUAAAGGCGGCCUGCAUGAGGGUUUGCUGUACACAUCGGACAGCACAGGGAAUAUACGCACGGGACCCUGGAAGAAUGAAACUACUGUGUAGCACGCUGAGGGAAGACCGAAAAUAGGCCUCCACUCUAGCCUCCCUCCCUCUGAUCCUUGAGUCACUUCUCCCUUUCUAGAAACUUAAACCACAAAAAAAUAUUGAAUAACUCUCUGAGAGUCACAAUCCUUUUUUUUCUUCAUUUGUUUUCAUGUGUUCCGUUUCCCUGUAAAGUUAUUUGACAUGUUCGUAAAGGUUCCCCCAAUGACCAGCCGCCACAACACAAACUGAUUUUGCUUUCAUAGAUGAAUGUGAGUCAUACCCCAGACGAUACAAUAGCUUUUGUUAAAGGUUGUUUCACCACUGUUAUUAUUAUCACCAAUCUAUAGAAGAUGGGAAAAUAUGGAUGUGUGUGGGUGUGUGUGUGUGAGAACAGGACAAUUGUGUUUAUUUCAAUGGCUCAUAGAUAAAUCCAUAGACCCAGUUCUCUCUGAUGUGUAACUUCAGUACUUUGAGAAGCUCAGUGUUUCAGGCAAACACACCAGCAAUUUAGACUCAUUGGUAUUUUCACCAUUUUGAAGCAUAUUUACUAGAAUAUACUGUGAAUAUCCGCUAGAGAUGUCUUAGUAAUAUACAAAGAUAAUCUGCUCUUGUCAAGAGUUCCGUGGAUGCCGACACGUAAAAAAAAACUGAAAAAAACUGAAAAAAAUAACAACCAAGAAAACUGAAAAAACCCGUUGAGUAUUCUGUCACAGGUUGAUAUUGAAUGUCCUUGUCUGUAUGCUGUCCUACUCUAGUGUUUUUUUGUUUGUUUCUUUGGGGGGAGAGAAGUAUACAACAACAACAACAGUCGCAUUGUCAUUGUGUAUAUUUGUGGUGUUGGAGAGCGAUCGUGCCAGUAGUGUCAUAACAGGCCAUGACCAAGCAAUUCUGGGUUCAUGUCGUGUUGUCCCACAACCCAAUUCAGCAUUUCCGAUCUCUGGCAUGGCUUUGGUGAAAUGGUUGGAGGUUAAUUUAAUUGGUCAAGUCCAUGCUUUAUACUCUAUUUAUUUCUAGGAAACGGAGCAUGCAAGCCUUAUAUAUAUAUCUAUAUAUAUAGCUAUGUGUUUUGUGUUUUUUUGCCUUGUAUAUCAAUGCACAUUAUUGACAACCACCCACAAUAUGUCUACAGAGCAGAUGGAACUGUGGUCACUAUAACAUGACGUGAAACAUUUCUAUUUUUUUACAUUACAGUGGAUGUUCCUACUGCCAUGUUCAGAAGACAGGGCUGUUAUUCACUGUUCCCGUUAUUGUCACAUUCAACUCAUGCCUGAGAACAUGCGGGACGUUAAUUGAGUUGAAUAUUUAAACUGCAUAGGUUAUACAGGUGGAGUUACAAGGUGGCCCUUAGGGACUAAGUACUUUUAAAAAGCCUUUUUUUUUUUUGCCCUUUUGGGUCACCAGCUUGGUAUGGAAAUGAGUCAUUCCUGAGUUAGAGUGAACAGACAAAGUUAAGAAAGAAUCCAAUUGCUACUUUACAAGAAUACAGCAACUCCUGCCUGGCCAAAACUACAUUGGCAUGAAACACCGCGCUAUCCAUCCUGUGCAAUCCUGUCUAUGUACAUAGAAUUGAUUUGGAUUAAUUAUUUUAUAAAAGAUUUAAGAUAUUUAAGAGUAAACAUAUAUAUGUAAAGAAAAUGUAUGGAAAAGACAAAGCUCUUAAUGUUAAUGCUCAGUAUCUGAGUUUAGAAAUGUCUUUUGUUUUUUGGUGCAUAGUUUCUUUGCUUUUCUUUUUAGGUUGCUUUUCUUUUUGUUCUGAUCUUUAGUCAGGUAUGUGGACUGAACAUAUAUUUUGUUAUAUUUAACACACAAAUGCACUAAUAGCUAUGGGAUACCAGGAUAAUGUCACACAUGUCAGCUGUGAUUGAACUGAGAAAAGAAAUCCCCUCAACAUAGGGGCUUGAUUUGCAGAAAGAAUUGUUUGAAUGUGAAGGAUUUUUGAACUGAAAUGUAUAAAUGAUAAGACUGGAUUAUUUGAAACAUUACAAGGUAAUGACCGGCCAGUAGCAUCAUGGGCCCCAGUGAGACCCUUGGACAGAUGAAUCUUGACUUCAUAGGUAUGUGUCCAUGGAUGAACUGCCAUGUUACAUUAUCAGUCAAAACCCCUUGGUAUGUCCGUCCUUGGUAUCUUCUCAAAUCAUCCUGCAUUAAACAUGUCUAUGCGAGAGUA